AUCACAAACCUGCAGUACAAAAAAUGAAACCAGAGCAGUGAAAUGGAAGGGAAGGUAGUAAAGUCCAGGUUCAAAAGAGUUUGUGUGUUUUGUGGGAGCAGCACAGGAAAGAGAGACUGCUAUAGAGAUGCAACCAUUGAUUUAGCUCAGGAGCUGGUUUCAAGAAGGUUGGGGCUUGUUUAUGGAGGUGGAAGCAUUGGGCUAAUGGGACUGGUUUCACAAGCUGUUCAUCGUGGUGGUGGCAGAGUCAUAGGGAUCAUUCCCAGGACAUUAAUGAACAAAGAGAUAACAGGGGAAACAGUGGGGGAGGUAAGACCAGUAGACAACAUGCACCAAAGGAAGGCAGAAAUGGCACGCCAUUCAGAUUGCUUUAUAGCCCUACCAGGUGGGUAUGGAACUAUGGAAGAACUGCUAGAAGUCAUCACUUGGGCUCAACUAGGCAUCCACGACAAACCAGUUGGCUUGCUGAACGUGGACGGCUACUACAACUACCUUCUCACUUUCAUCGACCAAGCAGUGGACGAUGGAUUCAUAAAACCAUCACAACGUAACAUCAUAGUCUCAGCACCCAAUGCCAAGGACCUGGUUCAGAAACUAGAGGAGUACGUGCCUAUACAGGACGAAGUGAUGGCCAACGCGAGAUGGGGAAUUGAGCAGCAAAAACAAGUGGGGUUCGAACCCAAAACUUUCCACGCUCGGAUCACCAUGUAAAGGGGAACAUGAAAAGAAAGGGAAAAAGAUUCAGUGAAGGAAAUUGAAAAGAGGCGUUUUUUUGAAGGAGAUGAUUUUGGGUCGUCAUCAUCGUGUCAUCAACCAUUCUAUAAUUGAAUGGGAAAAAAUGUUCGCAGAGACAAGUUUGAUCAAAGGGGCCUUCUCUUUUUGUUUGUAAGCUUAUGAAAUAGUAUUAACCCUUGUAUUUUGAAGUUUAUUUACUAAAAAAAAUACAAAAAAAAAUAACUCCACAUCGAUAUCGCUUCGAGGGAUGA